AUGGUGGAUCUCCUCUAUCGCUUCAAAUGGUACAACCCCAGGCAGAAGCUAAACCUCAACUUCAUUGCCGAUCCUCUUCCCCUACUGGAGGGCAUCACCGAGGAGAUGAUCGAAGACUAUGAGGGGGAGGCCGCUCCGGAGGAGGCCUUUACUGCCGAGGGUCCCACUGUUGCCCAAGAGGCUCCCGCCGAUGCUACUGGCGUGGGGGCUGCCGCUUAA